AUGCUGUUGUCCCACAGAUCUGUGCAGUGGUUCGUGGUCACGCUGCUCGUCGUCUUUACAGCGGCACAGUGUGACCAGAGCGAGAGCCGCCGAGCUGUGAGCGAACACCAGCUGAUGCACGACCGUGGUCGAAACAUCCAGAGUCUGAAGAGGCUCAUCUGGCUGUCGAGCGCCAUGGAGGGGCUCCACACCGCCCAGACCCGCUCCGCCGCCCUCAGCCCAGAGAAGGUCCUUAACCUGGACCUGAACCCGGAGCUGGUCCCUGACGCUCCGGGCCCCCAGCCCGCCCGGGUGCAGAGCCUCCUGAGGGACUUCUUCAACAACCCCUACCUGACUCAGCUGUCCGACACAGAGGCCUAA